GCACUGGCGCUGGGCGAAGCCAGGCUGGCGAGCGCGAGCUGGUGUGCCCGGCGGCUGCCUGCCGUGCUCUCGCGUCGGCCUCUGAGCUGCUGGCCCGGGGGCGCCGCCAGCCCCGUCUAUGUCUUUUUCUGACUCCAGCGCAACGUUUCUGCUGAACGAGGGUUCAGCAGAUUCCUAUACUAGCCGACCGUCUCUGGACUCAGAUCUCUCCCUGGAGGAGGACAGGGAGAGCGCCCGUCGAGAGGUGGAGAGCCAGGCGCAGCAGCAGCUGGAAAGAGCCAAGCACAAACCAGUGGCAUUUGCUGUGAGAACCAAUGUCAGUUACUGUGGGGUGCUGGAUGAGGAAUGCCCUGUCCAGGGCUCAGGAGUCAACUUUGAAGCCAGAGAUUUCCUGCAUAUCAAAGAGAAAUACAACAAUGACUGGUGGAUUGGGAGACUAGUGAAGGAAGGUGGGGAUAUUGCCUUCAUCCCCAGCCCUCAGCGCCUGGAAACCAUACGCCUCAAGCAAGAACAGAAGGCUAGGAGAUCUGGGAACCCCCCUGGUGACAUUGGCAACCGCCGUUCUCCUCCCCCAUCUCUAGCCAAACAGAAGCAAAAACAGGCAGAACAUGUGCCCCCAUAUGAUGUGGUACCCUCCAUGCGACCUGUGGUGCUUGUGGGGCCUUCUUUGAAAGGCUAUGAGGUCACAGACAUGAUGCAGAAGGCGCUCUUUGACUUUCUAAAGCAUCGAUUUGAUGGCAGGAUCUCUAUCACUCGAGUUACAGCCGAUCUCUCUCUGGCAAAGAGAUCGGUGCUCAACAACCCAGGCAAGAGAACUAUAAUCGAACGCUCUACAGCUCGAUCCAGCAUUGGCAAUGCAGGGGAAGGUAGACUCUUGGAAACCUCCCAAAGCUCUGGAGAGUCCCCCUCUGGGGGUGGGGGGAACCUGCUGACCACUCCCCCCACAGCUGAGGUGCAGAGUGAGAUCGAGCGGAUCUUCGAGUUGGCCAAGUCUCUGCAGCUGGUAGUGCUGGAUGCCGACACCAUCAACCACCCUGCCCAGCUGACUAAGACCUCUCUGGCCCCCAUCAUCGUAUAUGUCAAAGUGUCCUCACCCAAGGUGCUUCAUCGCCUGAUCCGGUCCCGGGGAAAGUCCCAGAUGAAACAUGUGAAUGUUCAGAUGAUGGCGUAUGACAAGCUGGUGCAAUGCCCACCAGAAUCUUUUGAUGUGAUCCUGGAUGAAAACCAAUUGGAAGAUGCCUGUGAGCACCUGGCUGAGUACUUGGAAGUGUAUUGGAGAGCUACUCACUACCCGGCUCCGGGGCCUGGCCUGCUGGGCCCACCCAGUGCCAUCCCCGACCUUCAGAACCAGCAACUGCUGGGGGAGCAAGGAGGCGAGUGCUCACCCCCAGAGCGGGACAGCCUGAUGCCUUCAGAUGAGGCCAGUGAGAGCUCACACCAAGCUUGGACUGGAUCUUCUCAGCGCAGUUCUCACCACCUCGAGGAUGAAUACACUGAAGUCUAUCGAGAUCUGUACCAGCCGCAUCGCCAGCACACCUCUGGGCUACCCAGUGCCAAUGGACAGGAUCCUCAAGACCGGCUCCUGGCCCGGAACUCAGAGCAUAAUUACAAUGAAAGGAACUGGCAACGCAAUCGGCCAUGGCCUAAGGAUAGUUAUUGAACUUCUUCCUGCCUUGCUCUGGUCUGUCCAAGGGAGCAGAGGGGGAAACGUAUGGAAUAGCAGGGCAAGAGCUUAUUGGCAGGUUGAAGUUAAGCUAGCCUUAGGCUGGCACUAGGCUUAGCCCCCUAAGUCCCCUUGCCUAGCUCUGGACCCCAAUAUUCCAAGAGCUAUAGGUGGUCCUUUUACUUUGUGUGUUAAGAACCUCCAUGCUCUCCACUUUCCAAGUACUAGCUAUAUACAGUUCGGUAACCCUGGCACUCUCUCCUGCACAAUAAGCUGUCCUCUCUAGGCAGCACCCUCAAGUCCAAGAUUCCUGUAGAAAUGGCUUUCAUUUCUUCCAGACUCAGGAAAGGGAUGUUCCCCCCCCAAAGGUGACUGGGAUGUGAGGAGGAGCCAUGGCAAGGGACAAUGUCAAGGUCCUGGAGAGAGUAAGGGUCCUUCCUAUUGCUCCAUCAGCCAAGGGAACCAAACUUUGAGGUCUUACAAGAUUUCUUUCAGUUCUGAAAUCACACAUAAGAAAUUUGACAAUCAUCCCAUAUCCACACCUAGAUUUUGCUUCUAUUCAUUCAUUCAAUGGUCAAGAUGUGUGUAUAGGGGAGACAGGGAGGCUGGGGAAGAGGAAAAAACAAUUACCAAACUCUUGAGGAGAAAGGGACCACUUGAAAAUCUUAGGGUGAAGCAUUAAGGAGACAGCUGGGCCCUCAUAUUUUCUAGGAUUAUUCUGACCCGAGUGUUUACCCUUUAUAACUGGGGUUUAAGAAAUGCAAGCAAGAAAGCAGAGUCAAAAAGAAGUUGGUGGGAGGAGUAGGUGCAUGAAGAAGGCCAAAUACUUCAGGGAGCACCUACAUCUGCUCCUUUAUUUAAUUUCUUCCUUAUCCUGUUAUGACCAAUGAGGGUCACAGACCCCAAAAUUUUCUUCUUGCUCAUAUACACAACUAUUUAAAUUAGGCUGGGGGAAAGAAAAGGAAUAGAGGUGAGGAAUCUCUUCUGGUUUCUGGACACCCUACCUGCAUCCCUCUCAUGUGGUUGUGUAGCUGAGUCCAUGCCCCCACAUGGCCAUUGUGUUGUCAUCACCAAUAAAUACCAUGUGUUGCCCCACCACA